AUGACUAAUACUGAUCUGGUGGCCACACUUACCCGAAUGAACAAGGAUAAAAGAUUUGGCAAGUUAGUUUUCUAUCUGGAGGCUUGCGAGUCAGGUUCCUACUUUGGCUAUUAUUGGUACAAAAAUUGGCAAAGCGCAGAGUUUGCCAAAGAAACACUGCAGGCUCAAUUUGAGUACAUACACAAAACAACCAACCAGACAGGUGUGAUGGAGCCCAUACAGCACGAACAGCACGCACAACAAUGGGGACCCACACCAUUUGCCCAGUCAAACAUUGCUGAAUUGAGCAAGCCCGCUUGCAAUCCGGUCAACACACGGGAAUUGCCGGUACGGAUGUUGGAGAAAAAUAUCGAAGAAUCAGCGGAUUUACACGAGAAAAUACGGUUGUUUGACGCCAACCCCACAUACAUCGAGUGGUUCCCCAAAUUCGUUGGCGAACUCAAGGGUAACGCUGAGGUCAUAAGAGUUGGUGUCGAGGACUUGGAGUUUGUGUCGACACUCAUUGACACAGCAAUGGGUCUGAGUUGGGACGAGAAUCGCAAAAUGUUACGCAAACAGCAUUCGUGUCAUAAGCGCAGAAAAGUGACCCAGGUGAUGUUCGAGCAAAUGAUGCAGGCGCUCAUGGGCGAGUUGAACGAUAAAUUGGGCCCCGAUGUUAUGACCCGAGAUACUCAAGCAACAUAUGAUAAAUUUCUUAAAAUCUAUUCAACUGCUUUAUAUUCAGCUUAAUGUUUUUUUGUAAUAAU